GGAGGGUCGCAUGGCAGUGUUGUGGUGGCAGUGGUCGAUGUAAGUGUGUGUGGCUGUGGUCUGCAUCACCCAUUCACUUGACGCUCAAACACUCAUUGAAAUUACGUGUUUUUAUUUUUUUGUACAUAGAAACUUAUUGAAAUGAGUGGUAAUAUGGCGUGGCUGGUGAUGGUGGUUGUUUUUAGUGUGUGCUGCUGUAGGGAGGCCAAAGCAAUUCCUGCCUCGGGUCUAUUGAAGCUCACGCCAUCCAAGGAUCUUCCCAGAAUCCAGGACGGGAACCUGCCGGUGCCUCUCCUGACGUGCAGCUUCGUCUCCUGCGACGCACUUAACAUCCCCCUCAACAGCAGCAUAAGCCAAUGGGACUACUACAUUGGUUGGGACAUGCCACAAGCAGCAAAGGAUGACCCGGGCGUGUUCGUGAUAGGCAACAAGUUCCAGAUGCCUCAAUCCCACCUCGUCUUGACGAACUUCACCUCCAAUUUGACGGGAAAAUACACCUGCCAACUCUUCUUCCGCAAGACCUUUAUAGAUGACGUCACCAUCAACUUAAGCCUCAGUAGCACUGAAGCCACUAGAAAAUGUAACAACCACACUAAUACCUAAUCUCCUCCAGAAGACGUUCUGGUGAUGUACAGUCAACAACAAAAAUUUUUGCACCUUUAUGGUUAUACAGUAUGACACACCGGACCAAGAAUUCUGGACAACACUCAUUUAUUAGGGCGAUUCCUGGUAAUGUCUAUGUAUUAACUAUAUGUGAUAUAUAAAAUACAUCAAACUGGUUAUACAAUGCACCACACAACCAGAAAUACCAGCCUUACCAAAUUAACAUGGCCUCAGUCAAUGAUUGUUGCAGAUGCCAUCAGACCAAAGGGUGUAGACAUUU